AUGCUUGGCCUCGGCAUCGGAAACCGAACCAAGCGGGGUCACCAGGUCUGGCGAGGUCUUCUGCGACUUCAAGAAAUCUUCCAGUCGCUCCGCCCAGCCCGAGCCUCGUUUCAGAUUCGAGUAGUGCGGCGCGUGGAGUCAGCUUUGGAUGCUCUCAAUUUUCUGAAGGGGCUUGAGAGGAAUAACAGGUGGUCUAAGAAGUUUGUGGUGUUGGACUGCGGGACUGAGAUGGCCAAGACCUUGAUCAUAGGACACGUGAGGGAUGUACAGAUGGGCAGAAGAAACUAUCACUACCUCCUGUCUGGUCUUGUGAUGGACGAGAGAUGGGAGGAGGAUGUGAAGGAGUUUGGCGCCGUCAACAUUACAGGGUUCAGGAUCGUUGACACCACACGCCCCUAUGUUAGAAACUUCCUCAGGACUUGGAUGAGUCUCGACACGAACAUCUUCCCGGGCGCCGGCAGCAACUACAUCUCUCUGCGGACAUGUUCCAUUGAUCACCUCCAAGCAUUAGAAGUCUACAUGAAGCUUUCGUCAUCGUUCUACUGA